AUGGCUGCCGAAAACAAGCCGGAAGGACUGAAGAAGAUAAGAAAUCCAGAGCGAAUGGUCAGGAUCGCCGUUGGUUACACAGGACACACCCCUCCCAAGAGUGACGACACUGACGCCAACAAUGAGCCAGGCCAGUUGAAGAUCUACCUUCCUAAGAAGCUGCUAGAGUGUCUGCCCAAAUGUUCCUCUCUGCCCAAGGAGCGCCAUCGCUGGAACACCAACGAGGAGAUUGCUGCAUAUCUCAUCACUUUUGAGAAACAUGAUGAGUGGCUGACGACAUCGCCAAAAACCAGGCCUCAAAAUGGCUCUAUGAUCCUCUACAACCGUAAGAAGGUGAAGUACAGGAAGGAUGGCUACUGCUGGAAGAAAAGGAAAGAUGGGAAGACCACCAGAGAGGAUCACAUGAAGCUCAAAGUCCAGGGAGUAGAGUGUCUGUAUGGCUGCUACGUCCACUCCUCCAUCAUCCCCACCUUCCAUCGUAGAUGCUAUUGGCUGCUGCAGAACCCAGACAUUGUUCUGGUACACUACCUGAAUGUACCGGCAGUGGACGAUAGCGGGAAGCCAUGUGGUCCUGUCCUCUGCUCCAUCAACACAGACAGGAAGGAGUGGGCCAAGUGGAGCAAGGAGGAGCUCAUUGGACAACUCAAACCCAUGUGUGCUGGAAGCAGCCUGCAUCAGAAAUGUUCCAGUGUCAAGCAGCGCAUCAUCUCAUCCAAGCAGGAGUCAGGGGCAGCAGCGGGAGGUGGAGCUGCAGCAGAGGUCCAGAACAGCGAUGUGUCAGAGGGCCAGACAGAGCGCAGUCCUGGAGGGGCCAGGAGUAGAGCAGGUGGAGGAGAGAGGAGGAACGGCAGGAUAAACAACAAACCCUCCCUGCUCCCACAGAGCAGCAUGGAAGUGUCCUCAUCUACCUCCACCAACCAGGUGGAGGUCCCUGACACCACCCAGAGCUCCCCAUUGUCAAUCACCAGCGACAUGGCUGAUAGUCCCGCUCUGGCCAUUGGGUCUGGCUUGACACAGAGCACAGCUGUGUUCAUGUCUGAGGUAACCACACUGACUGGGGAUUCAGUUUACUCUGCAGGCCACACCCACCUGCUGGCAUCCACCCAUGAGAGCACCACCGCUGGCAUCCUGUUGGCUGUUGCCCCUGAAAACCAGAGGUUUGCGUCGUUUCCUGGUGGUGUGGGCUUAGGGGAGGGAGGAGAGUUGGUGUUGUCUAGCUCUUUAGACUCUGGUGGAGGAGUCAGCCUUCCUGAGACCACCAUGACCUUUGACCCUGAUUGCUUCCUCAACAAUCCCAAGCAGGGCCAGACGUAUGGAGGAGGUGGAGGGAAGGCUGAGGGAUGUAACGGUGAUGAUGGAGGACUCAACUGCCCCUCCAACGAGUUUGUCUACAACCAAGCCCUUGUCAACAACAUCAAGACGGAACCUGCGCCCCUAGAGCCGCCGCUGGCCACUCAGAGCAGCUAUGUAGGGGAAGGCACAGGCCUCAGCCCCAGCACCACGCUGGAGCAGAUGGACUUCAGUGCUGUGAUGUCAUCAGCCUGUGUCCCGAGUCUGACCCAGCCUGCACAUCACCCCUCCCCCAGUCUCUUCCUCCAGGCCUCCCCCCAGACAAGCCAGUCCUCCCAGCUGCAGACCAACGGUACUGAGGGAACACAGGAAUCAGGCGAGGCCCAGGCUUAUAUAGGCCUACCCACGGUGUCAACAGACACACCAGUCACCAAUGGAGACUCGCAUACACACCUCCACCAAGCCAGCCCAGACCAGCAGGGCCUGUGUGGAAGGAACGGACAAGCGACAAUGAGCUCCUUUCCUCUAACACCACAGGAUACGACCGCCGAGCAGUCAGGCAGCGGGGGACAUCGAGCGGUCGGGUGCUUAGACAAAACUUCUGAAAAUGGAGGGGAGUUGCUUCUCAAGCCUGGGGAUCCUCACGUGGCCUACACAAGCGUUGACACCGAACACUACCUGCAACCAACUGAUGACAAUGGAGGAGGAGAGGAGGGGGCCAAUAGUUCAGUGGUGGCCAGUCCUCAGUCAAUAGCUGCUGGUACAAGCAUUGAGGGGGCCCUCUACAGCUCUCCUCUUCCUCAGCAAGGUGGGGGGGUUUCAGCUACAACAACAGGGGCAGGAGCGGCCAUUAGUCUGGAAGGCUUUGAGGCCUCCUUUGGAAGCCAGUUCUCUGAUCUCAUCAAUGAUUUCAUCUCAGUCGAGGGGUCUGGAGGUGGGGUGGGGGCAGCUGUGACUGGGGUUCUAAUGCCUCAGGAGGGGGCAGCAGGAGAGGAGCAGGGCACAGGAGCGGGACACCUGCAGGGCUCGGAGGUGGAGCAGGGAGCUCUGGGGCUGCUCCAGGAGACUGGGAGGUUGUUCGGUGUGACAGACUACUCCCCAGAGUGGUCUUAUCCAGAGGGUGGAGUGAAGGUGCUUAUCACAGGUCCGUGGUUGGAGUCGAGCAGUGAGUACAGCUGUCUCUUUGACCACAUCAGUGUCCCGGCUGCCCUCAUCCAGCCCGGGGUGCUGCGCUGCUACUGCCCAGCGCAUGACACGGGACUGGUGAUGCUGCAGGUAGCUAUGGGUGGUGAGGUCAUCUCUUCCUCUGUGGUUUUCGAAUACAAGGCGCGUGACCUACCUGCCCUGCCAUCUUCACAGCACGACUGGCUGUCCCUAGAUGAUACCCAGUUCAGGAUGUCCAUCCUGGAGCGUCUUGAGCAGAUGGAACAGAGGAUGGCUGAGAUAACCAAUCAGAACCCCAGCUCAGAAACCAUGGCAACCAAGGGAGGAGGAUUGGAGGGAGGAGGAGCUACUGAUCAGCAGUCGCAAAUUCCUACCGAUCAAGGUUCGUUUGAGGGUCGUGUUGUGGUGGUGUGUGAGAAGAUGAUGUCUCAGCCCUGCUGGGCUUCAUCUAAUCAGCUCGUCCACAGUAAGAACUCCAGAGGAAUGACCUUACUGCAUCUGGCUGCAGCUCAGGGCUAUGCAGGGCUCAUUCAGACACUCAUUCGCUGGCGCACAAAACAUGCUGACAGUAUUGACCUCGAGCUAGAGGUGGAUCCUCUCAACGUAGACCACUUCUCCUGUACUCCAUUGAUGUGGGCAUGUGCUUUGGGCCACACUGAGGCAGCAUUGGUGCUUUACCAAUGGGACCCAAGAGCUCUGGCUAUUCCUGAUUCGCUGGGACGCUUGCCGCUCAACAUCGCCCGAUCCCGGGGCCACACUCGAUUGGCUGAGCUCCUAGAGCAGCUGCAACAGACUCCUCAAGCUCAAGGCCAGCCUGCUGACACUUGGAUGGACAGGUGGAGAGGAGAGUCACAGACCAGCGGAAUAAGCAACAGCCCUACGCCAAACCCUAACUCAGAGCUGAGGAGAGCCAGGACGGAGAGCCAGCCAGACAACCAGAACCCGAGCUGGAGCCAAACAGGACACAGAGCCCUACAGGGAACCCAGGGAGAUCAGGGAGGCCCACCCCCAGCCAAGAGACUCAAACCCAGCCCCGACACCCAGCAACAGCUAGCUAACUCAACCCCUGUUACCAACACCCUCACCACCCUCCUAAACUCGUCCCCCAGUCCUAACCCUCAAUGCUCUCUCCUCCCCAACACCUUACAAACUCAACCCUCCAACCUCAGCUGUCAGAACGCACCUCCCGCCAGCUCCAGCCCAAAUCGGCCUCAGCUCCCCAGCCCUCCAAUCUCCCACCUGCAGGCCAGGAUAGGGGGGUCUGGAGGGGGCACCAGGUGGAGUCUGAGACAGACUCUGGGGCAGCGUAGCCUAGCCAGGAGGAUUCUAGGAAAAGAACGACUGGCCAUUCACCUGCGCCAAAGGGUGCUGUCUGACAGGGGAGAGGAGACAGAGCUGCUGACCUAUCAGGAUAACACAGAGGACCUGCAGAUGGACAUUACGAUGCUAGCUGAUCACAUCAUGGAGGCUUCAACUUGUAGGCUUAAGCAGGAGGAUAUGGAGACUGAAACAGACUCCAGGAAAUUGGAGAUCAGCAGUGAUGUCAAGUUACUGUCUGGUUACCUCGGUGAGGUGGAGAGGUUUCUAAGCUCCAAGUCCCAGACACCGAGCCCCAAACCAAACUCUCUCUCAGGGCCUGAGGAUCAGCAGAGUCCUCAGGCUAAAGAAGCCCUAUCCUCCCUCUCUGACUGGACCUCCUUCCUCUGUGCAGCUAUGAAAGAAGAGAGGUUGAAUACUGACUCCUGUCUAGCCAUGACUGAGGCAGAGCAGGGGGAGCUGUAUGAGACCAUCAGGCAUGCUCUGCACUCCCUCAGAAAACACAAGGGUCCCAUUCAGGAACAACGUAAAGAGAUUGCAGCAGUGAUUCAGCGCUGCUAUAAGAGAUACAAGCAGUAUGCACUUUAUAAGAGGAUGACCCUGGCAGCCAUCCUGAUCCAGAGUCGUUUCCGGAGUUUCCAUGAGAAGAGGAAGUUCCAACAGAGUCGAAAAGCAGCGGUCCUCAUCCAGCAAUACUACCGCUCCUAUAGACACUCCCUCGGGUACUUCACUCUCUCUCUCACACACAGAAAGGGCAUUAUUCUCCAAAAGAUUUCUUCUUACUCCUGUGUCUUCCCUUACAGAAGCCUCCUGACGAAAAAACAGAACCAGGCUGCUCGCAAGAUCCUGAGAUUCCUGCUCCGAUGCCGCCACAGCCCCUUGAUGGACCAUAGGCCUCUGAAACGGGGCCAGAGAGCAGAGAAAGGCCAGGGGUCCUGA